GUCUCUAUCCAGCAGAUCUGUGGUCACCCCAGCCUAUCUGCCUGACAAAUAGCAUGAAUUACAGUCUUGAGAACAAUGUAUCGUGCCUGAUCCAGGAAAACCCUUCAUUACAUAAUGGCUUUGUUGAUUGGAAUUCACCCUGUGAUGGCCAGCUUAACAUGUACUGUCCAGUAGAAGUGAAUGAGUAUGAAAAUAUGAAUUACCAUAAUGGAUUUCCGUGCACAGAAGAAAUUCAAAAUUCAGGCUUCAUUGAUCACAGCUGUCAGUCUUCAUGGAACACCCCACCUAACCUUCCUCCAACCUGGGAACCCACCAGUUAUGUCAACCCAACAUCCUACCUCUCGAGCACCAGGAGUUUGUCACCCAUGUCUGGCCUCUUCGGUUCCAUCUGGGCCCCUCAGAAUGAUGUCUAUGACAACUGCUGCCCCAUCAGCGCUGCCACUCAGCAUUCAGCCCAGGUGGAGAGCCAGGCGGUCCUAUGUAAGCAGGAAUGUUACCCGAGAUUUAACCCAUUCCGUGCCUACAUGAACUUAGAUAUAUGGACUUCAGCAGCUAAUCGGAAUGCAAACUUCUCUCUUCCUAGGGACUCGGGUUAUUGUGGAAACGUGUGAAAAAAAGAAUGUCAUUUUUAAAAUGUGAACUUAAAAAAAUGCUUUUUCUUUUGAUUACUAGAACGAGCUGUUGGUUGAACUAGAAUUCAAUGUUGGUCAUUAUUUUGGCACUUUUGUAUGGAAAAUAAACUUUUUUUUUUUUACCAAGGCA